GACAACUUUGGCCUAAGCUCUGGUCGCUUCGCAACAGUCACCGCAGAUCCUCCUAUCCUCCGACCCUGCCUUGAAUGAUGGGAGCCAUUCCAGAUCUGAACGCUUGGGCAAACAAACACCCGCUGGCCCGUCCGCUAAUCCUGUUCUGCUGAGCCGUGGUCCCCAUGGUAUGCCAAGUGCUAGGGGCCAAAAAACAGCAUUCAGCGAUUCUCCCAACCUUUUAAUACGCGCCGGAAGACCGAACGGCCAGACUCGCCAGAAUCAGCACAGAUCGUCGCGCACAGAUCGCACCGACCGUCCUUGGCAAGCACCCCUGGGAGCCUGGAGCUGGCUCAGGAUUUGGACGACGGGUCUCGACGCGCCCUUCUCUCCUCCCAUGAGCCCAUAUGGGUCGCGUCGAGGAGCCAUUCCGAGGGCCGAAGCUCAGCGGACCGCGGGCCGGGGGCCGGAGAGCCAGCGCUCGGACCUUGGAUUUUUAGGCUCCUUCGCGUCUGCUCGCGCUGCUCGCCCAUUCUCGCCCCCCGCCACUGCAGCACGAAACUCGGCUCUCGCUCGCCCCACAACCCGCCCUUCUCCACCUUCCAGUUCCGCGCCAACAUUGUACCUGGUACGUAACUCCUCCGCCCUGGCCUCUCAAGCUCUCGCCCCGCCGCCCCGCACAAGCCCAUUCCUACAUUACGGUGACGGACCAGUCUCGGUCUGGAGCGACGCGCCCUGCUACACCGUGCGGUGGCGCGUCGGUGGAAAAAUGAGCAGCGAGUCAUGGAGUAGCGCAAGCAAACAGCGGAUGUGAGCUGCCAUAUCCCACCCAUGUUUCUUGAUUCUACACCAUUACUACCUUCGCCACCGCCUAUCUUGCCCGCGGCCACCUUCUCUUUCCAUUCCGGCGCCCGUCAGUCCAGCCGUCAGAGCUAAUCUCAAACGAAUACGCCACCGCCACCGCCCUACGUGAAUCUUCCAAGAACCCGCCGCGUACCGCCCACAGCCGGGUCGAGAAUCCUGCGCCCUCGUCUUCACGAGCUGCUCGUCCGUCUUGCUAUAAGCUCAGCUCUCGGACGUCUGCAAUCUCUUUGUCUUUGUUUCUCCCUCGCGCCUUCAUCUUCUCCAGUCCGAAGCUCACCAGCUCGACUCUUGCGCCAACCCAC